GGCCUUCCAUACGCGGCUCCGCGGAGCAGCUGUCAGUGAGGAGGCUGCUGUCAAAGCGGUGCUAACCGAGCUGCGGUUUGCCGGCUAGCUUGCGCCGGUAGACAGUAAAAACCUAACAAUGGCGGGUGUGCAUCCUCAGGACGACCUGCUGAAAAUGACACACAGAGAAAACUGGAAGGUCCAGCAUGAGCGUCUGCAUGUGAAGCACAGGGGUCACGAGGCCAUGCAUGCAGAGAUGGUGCUGAUCCUCAUCGCCACGCUGGUGGUGGCUCAGAUCGUCCUGGUGCAGUGGAAGCAAAGGCACCACCGCUCGUACAAUCUCGUGACUCUCGUCCAGAUGUGGGUGGUUCCUCUUUACUUCACCAUCAAACUCUACUGGUGGAGGUUUCUGUCCAUGUGGGGCAUGUUCUCCGUCGUCACCAGCUACGUCAUCUUCAGGGCCACUCGCAAGCCUCUGUCCUGCAGGACGCCGCGGAUGGUGUACAAGUGGUUCCUGUUGAUCUACAAGCUGAGCUAUGCAGUGGGCGUCCUGGGCUACCUGGCCAUCAUGUUCACCAUGUUUGGCUUCAACGUCUUCUUCAGGAUCAAGGCAGAGGACUCUAUGGACGUAGGUGUGAUCAUGCUGUUUUAUGGGCUUUACUACGGCGUCAUGGGCCGAGACUUUGCUGAAAUCUGCUCUGACUACAUGGCUUCUACAAUCGGGUACUACAACAAGGGAGGCAUGCCCAGCAGGAGCCUGACCAACGACAUCUGUGCGGUGUGCGGUCAGAGGAUCCUGGUGGACCUGGAAGAGGAGGGAUUUAUAGAAGACACCUACCAGCUCUCCUGUGGACACAUAUUUCAUGAGUUCUGCAUCCGCGGCUGGUGCAUCGUGGGUAAGAAGCAGACGUGUCCGUACUGCAACGAGAAGGUUGACAUGAAGAGGAUGAUGAACAACCCCUGGGAGAAGACACACGUCCUGUACGGGCAGCUGCUUGAUUGGCUCAGAUACCUGGUUGCUUGGCAGCCCAUUAUCAUCGGUAUCGUCCACGGGAUUAAUUUCACCCUGGGACUCGAGUAGAGCCCUGAGGAACUCCGCUGUAAGUACGUCCCGGAGUGCAAGAAACGUUUGACGGCAACGUGUCAACGUCUGCGCUACAAGGAACUGAUUCAGGCUGCUUUUCAAGUCUUUUGUUUCCUCAGCACAUGUUGCUUGACUGCAGAGGGGCCCCCGGGGGCCUGGGUCUCUGAGUGCAGAGGACACUGUGAUGCCGAAACUGCUGCCAACAUGAACAAAAAGUAUUUAAGCACAGAUCCAGUAUCUGAUCAUUUCAAAGCAGUUGUUUUUAUUGUGAUACAUCAUUGCUUUACUUUGUACUGCAUAACAAAAAUGCCUUUUUAAACGCCGUUUUCUAGUUUGUUUGCACACUGCUGGUUCUGUUGACACCACUAACACGUGUUUCUGCAGAUCAAACUGAUAGGGACAAUUCUGCUCAAGUUGUUUUUACAUAAACUGUUUACAUUUUACCUAACUUUGUUUAUUCCAAAUGUUUCAUUCGGGAUGUCUGUUCUGUGAUGGUUUAAUGUGUAUGAAGCUAAAGUUGAUAUUAAACGGUCAACUUAUUAAAGCACUAUUAUGUGUCUGAA